UGUUUAACUUCUUAUCAUCAACGAAAGGGCGUGUAAGUCAAGUUUUAGCCGGUUUGAAAUAGUGUUCCAAACCUAUUUAAAAACUAAUUGGUACGUGGAAAACCUUGGUUUUGCCGUCAACGUCACUUCAAUUGCUUAUUUUCUUCAGUAACUUAUUCGUAACAACAUGUGGAAAUCCGCCGUUGGUUCCAACAUCAAAGCUCCUGUAGUAAAUCAAGAUGAUGAUGAAUGGGAUACCGACCCUAAUUAUAUCAAUAACGUGACGGAAGAGGAACAGAGAUGGGGUGGAGGAAGAACAGCUGGUGCUAUAGAUAUGAAUGCUCUUCGUGAGCAAACUACUAAAGAAGAUUUAGAGCUCAAAAAGAAAAUAAUGGCUGAAGGACCUCAAGCAUCUUAUGGUUAUGGAGGGAAAUUUGGGGUACAGGAAGAUCGUAUGGAUAAAAGUGCAGUUGGUCAUGAACAUAUUGAAAAAGUUGAAAAACAUGCCUCACAAAAAGAUUAUGCAACUGGCUUUGGUGGAAAGUUUGGGGUCCAGAAAGAUAGAAUGGAUAAAUCUGCAGUGGGUCAUGAUUAUGUUGCCAAAAUUGAAAAACAUGGCAGUCAAACAGAUGCUGCAAAAGGGUUUGGAGGGAAAUUUGGUGUGCAAACUGAUCGUGUGGAUAAGAGUGCCGUUGGUUGGGACUAUCAAGAGAAACUAGUUAAGCACGAAAGCCAAACAGAUGGCUCCAAGGGUUUUGGCGGGAAAUUUGGUAUUCAAACCGACCGCAUUGACAAAAGUGCAGUUGGCUGGGACUACCAAGAAAAAGUUGAGAAACACGAAAGCCAGGUUGAUGGGAAAAAAGGUUUUGGUGGAAAAUUCGGCGUCCAGGCUGAUCGAGUCGAUAAAAGUGCCGUUGGUUAUGACUAUCAAGAGAAGGUGGAAAAACAUGAGAGUCAAACUGACGGUUCAAAGGGCUUUGGAGGAAAAUUUGGUGUUCAAACCGACAGACAAGAUGCAGCGGCUGUCGGUUUUGAUGAAGAGCAAGGUCAUGUUGGCACUACAUACGAGAAAGACAAGCCUGUUGUAGCAGAAAAAGGAAAAGCCUCGUUAUUAAAGUCCCGGUUUGAAAAUUUUGCUGAUGAAAACAAGAAAGCUGCAAUGGCUGUUCCUCCUCCAUCGAAGAGUGCCCGUCCAAUGGCUAAAAUAGCACACAAAUUCGAAACCCAGUCUUCGUUGACACCGGCGCAACAAGAGCCACCCGUAAAGCACAUUCCUCAAGUAAAGCAACCUGUUUGGCAAAGCCAAGCUCCUGAAGUCAAACCGCCUGUUGUUCUCGAGCCGAUUGUCAGAGAAAGUGCUAUGGCUUCUCCAGUACCUGAACCUCCUGCUUCAUCGCCUCCACCCAUUGUUGCGGCUCCUGUACCACAAACCCAGCAAUAUAUUACGCACUCUCAAGAACGAUGGAAUGAUGAACUGGCCGAAGCUGUCGAACAAGUUGAGCAUGGAGCGUGGAGAGAAGUGGAUGAAGAAGAAGACGCUUGGAAAGACGAAGAAGAUACAGGCUACGCCCAGGAAAACACAAAUUUGGAAACAGUUGCAGAAGAAACUGGCACGGGUCUGGUUGCGGUCGCUCUUUACGAUUACCAAGCCGCUGCAGAAGAUGAGCUCUCCUUUGACCCAGAUGAUAUCAUUAUGAACAUCGAAAUGAUCGAUGAAGGCUGGUGGCGUGGAGAAUGUAGAGGCCAGAUCGGAUUAUUUCCCGCUAAUUACGUCCAACUGCAACAGUGAAACUCCAACGGUCUUCUCGUCUUCCAGGUUUUAUCCAGCAAUCCAAGGUUCUUUUUAUUCCCAAUUGUUAAGCAUGCUUUCCAAAAUUUUCCUGAUAUCGUGAGCCAACCAUAUGGCGGUACUUUUACGCGUGGCGUUAUUUUGCAUGUAUUGUUGCCCAGUCAGUAUUCACAAACGUGGUGAAAAAAGAAUUACUUAUUACAGAAGAAUUAAUUUGAUGAACAAGUGUAACGGAAGAACAUCGCUCUUGCCUAUUGUUGCGAAAAGAAAGGAACUUACUUAACCCUAUUCCACCAAUUUUAAUGAAGGAACAAUAAUUAGAUGAUGUUUACCGACUCAAAUCACAAUGCUUUGUUAACGAUUAUUGUGCCGAGAUCCAACCGACCAAUUUAUCAUGCGCAGCCUGUCGAUUGACGGAAGAUUUUUCCUGUUCGUUGUGCUGCAAACAAAAGCCUCUGUGAUUACGUGGUGGUCCAAAUACAUAUCUGCGUGUUGAUGGUGA